CGACCACCGUACGACAGAUCCCACUGUCCACAUAAUAACAUGAGUGGCUGCUUGCCUCAGUGAAACCCUUAUCUUCAUAUCGGUUCAUCAAACUCCAGUUUACUUCGUAGCUAAUCAAAUGACAGAACAGUUAGGCAGAUAGCCUCACAUUUGAACGGACAGUUUUAUGCUGCAACAUGGAGUAUCUGCUUCAGGUGAAAAUAGGCGCUCUGAUCGGUUUAUUGCUCUUAACUCUUCUUUUUGGAUUUAUCCCUGCUCGAAUCAAAUGGUUCAGAGACACAAACGGGACAGAAAUCCACCGCACAGUUCUGAGCCUGAUCAGCUGUUUUGCCGGUGGGGUUUUCCUGGCAGCAUGUCUGCUGGACAUCAUUCCAGAUUAUCUGUUGGACAUCAACGCUGAGCUGGAUGCUCGGAAGGUGGAGACCAGCUUCCCCCUUCCAGAGUUCAUCAUGGCUGCCGGCUUCUUCAUGGUCCUCAUACUAGAGAGGAUUGUCCUGAAUUUUCGGGAGAUGGCAGCAUCUCAGGAGGAGAGGGCGCCCCUUAUACCGGACAACAGUAAUGGCCAUGGACAUGGACAUGGCCAUGGAACAAGUCCUGAUCUGGAGGGCAGCGGCCAACACGUCCAUGUAGACUUUCAGGCUCACUCCCCCUUUCGCUCCUUCAUGCUCUUCCUCUCCCUCUCGCUCCACUCGGUUUUUGAGGGUCUUGCUAUCGGCCUGCAGAGCACGGACUCAAAGGUAUUAGAGAUCUGCAUCGCUAUACUUGUCCACAAGAGCAUCAUAGUGUUCAGCCUGUCGGUGAAGCUUGUCCAGAGCACAGUCCGUCCAUUAUGGAUUGCCGCUUACAUCACCGUGUUCGCCAUGAUGUCGCCUAUAGGCAUCGGCAUCGGCAUCAGUGUGAUGGAGGCUCGGCUAGCAGCUGGAGCUCUGAUCCAGGCCAUCCUGGAGGGGCUCGCCGCGGGGACGUUUAUUUACAUCACCUUUCUAGAGAUCCUCCCGCAUGAGCUCAACUCCCCCGGGAAGCAGCUUCUCAAGGUGCUCUUCAUCCUGCUGGGCUUCAGCGUCAUGGCAGCUCUGACGCUUUUGGCAUGAGACUGAGACCAGUCAAGCUGUCUUCGUCAGAAAAUAAGUAGUCGGUUCACUGCUGCACUGUUUCACCCAACUCUGGAGUUUUUAAUGUCAAAGAGAGCAUGACAACAGAUGUUGAUGUUUUAUUGCUUUUAAAUUCUUUUUUUAAUUCAUAAAGGAGGAGUCCGGACUAAUAUGACUAUAUCAUAUAUUUUUAAGAGGAGUUUAUGUAAAGAGGAACCACUUCCUGCAAUCUUAAGUUUGAACUGAGAGAAGCACAGGGGAAAGAAGUGGCAUAUCACAGAGUCCCCUCAUUUAUCACCGGCCUUGUUUUGGACCUGCAAACAAAACCAGAGCUUCGCACCUUUGACACUGUUGAGGACAAAAAGACUGGACACAAAGGGCCAUGUUGUAUGUAUAUGAUACCCUGCAAAUUCAAUCAUGUCAGUUUACCAGGUCUUUAAUGUUUACAUUGUGUUUGAUACUAACUGAAAUGUGAAGCUUCUUCUUUCCAAACGGCACUAAUUGUGCCUUUUGUUGUAUAAGUGUCUCAUAUGGUAGGUUCUUCACUGCAGGCUCAGAUGGCAUGUGUAACUUGUUAUUAAUUGGCGUGACCCUGGGUUAUUUGGUAAAUACUGGCAUUUUAGUGCAAUGCUUUUAGAUGUAGUUUCCAGCAUUAGGCUGCUUUGCUUCUCAUUACAAACUGUAAUAUCAACAUUGUCCAGUAAACUAGUGUAAAUGAAAACUCAAUUCUUGAUGCCUUGAGAAGUUGUAUGCCAAAAGAAAUAGUGGCAAUGAUGAGAAAAUAUGUGGGAUUUCUUUUUAUACUGCUUGCACUUUUUCCAAUAAAGAAUCAGUGAUUACCUACAAAUGAGCAAGGUUCAAACAGAGUUGGCUUUUAAAAACCCACAAUUCAAAUAAGCCGAUCCCUGUGAUUUACAUUAUGUCGACCUUUGUCCCAGUUUAGUACAUUCACUUUUCCAACAUUGCAGUUGAAAAACUGAAUGUACUGAAUGCUGUUUCUUGUUAAACUCAUGUUCUAUGUCGAGUGCUUUACUUCUCCAUUUUGAUCCUAAACAAAUAAAUAAGCUUUAAAUAUCAAUAUAUUAUAUUGUUGUGUCAACAAAUCAACCAAGCAGAAAACAACAGUAAAACACAUCGAGUACACAACUGUUUUUCCUUAUGUUCCACACAUGUAAAGUGGCUUUAACAAAGUAUUACAGAGAGAAAUACAAUGUUUCAAAACUGAAAUAAAGAAAAAAAAAAUAUAUAUAUAUAUAUAUCUCUCUAUCUAUCUGUACUUUCGGCCUGUUACACUCAAACUCGACAAGUAUAUUAAGUCCAUGUAUGUAAUUAUAGUUUUGAACUGUCCCUGCUUAGUCUCAAUUCCUGUUUUAGUCUGUCAUGUGAUUGUCCGAAUGUAGAACAAAAAGCAGGAAGUUGAAAGGUGUUGGUAGGGACAAAAAUGUGGCAUGUUGCAAGUGCACCAUUAUUUUCAUUAGGAGUCAUCUGAUCAAAGUAAUAGGUUGAAACUGUUCCCCAAUAGCAAAGCCUCUGCUUUCACUUCAGUGUUGUUAAUGUUCUUGUUGUCAGAAUAGCAACGGGUGCAUUAUAAUGUGUAACAAUUAUUUGUAACGUACAAACUCAUCAAUUGUCUUUUGCAAGAACACCUGCAUAUAUUUCUUUGUGAUUUAUGAUUGUUAAUCUCGUGAGACAACUUUGUUGUCUGAUGUGUAAACUUGAUCAGAUGCCUUGUUUGUUGUUUGUUGUUUGUUGUGUGCAAAGGUUGCUUAAACUUAAUUUAAACAUUCUUUAAAUACAACUUCAAUUUACUCAAAUGACUCUUUCAGGGAUAUUUACAUAUUUAAAGUACGUUAAACAAAUACUUCUUGUACAAUAAACAUACUGUAUAUUGA